GAGAGAGAGAGAGAGAGAUGGCAAGGUGGUGUGUGGUGUCUUCGGUGCUAGCACUGGCACUUGUUCUAGCUAACGCUAGGAACGUGCCGCGCCAAGUCCCAGUGAACACCAAGAAUCCGGCCAGCAACAGUGCUGCUGGACUCGAUGACCAGAAGAACUUUGUCUUCGGUGGUGUCGGUGGUUUCGGCGGCGUCGGUGGCCUGCCAGUGCUCGGCGGAGUGGCUGGGGCCAUUGGUGGUCUCGGUGGCGUUCCUGGACUUGGCGGUGGAGUUGGUGGUCUUGGCGGCCUUGGUGGCCCUGGUGGUGUCGGCGGUGUUGGUGGGCUCGGCGGUCUAGGUGGCGUUGGAGGUGGUGGUCUCGGUGGGCUCGGUGGCCUUGGAGGUGGUGUUGGAGGUGGCGCCGGCGGUGGCGUUGGUAGUGGUGGUGCUGGUGGUAUCCCUCCCUGAGGUACGUAGUCGAUCAAUGCCUCGUGAUGUGCAUGUAAUUAGUGCAAGCAAGCAAGCAAGGUGUUUGGUGUGAGAUAAGCAGACUAGCGCUCUACCUUUUAAUUUGUCUUAGAAUAGGGUAAGUUUUUUAUCAUGAUGUUUUGUGUGAAACAAUAGUAGUCUUUUGGUACUAGGUAGGUUUCUUUUGUAUUGGGAGUUGUCUAGUACUGUGACAGCCCUCAUUCGCUGUUGAGAGAGAAAUGGCUUUGUUAGGUGGGUUCAUAUCUUGUUCGUGUUAAUCAAGUGUAUGCUGCUGCUGCCUCCCUC